UAUUAAGGGCACAAUGGCGAUACUAAACUGUCUGCUGGCCCGACAACUCUGCUUCGAAGACGCCUCCUGCUCCGCCAUCCUCGAGAUAAUACCGCGCGUCUGUGGCUCUGAACUUGUGGCUUGCUCGACCGUUACCGUGACAAAGUGCCAAGCGGCCCUUAGAACCUUGCAAGCAUUCCCGUUCUUCAAGCCGACCUGUCUCUGCCGGGAACCGAACGUCGAUCCGGAAUGUAAUUCUUUCAGGGACUUUUUGUUCGAUCACCCUUGCGUGUUCGUUAUGAAGAAAGAGAAAGAUCCAUACCCCGUCGAGACUCUCCCUACGUGUACUUAUGCCCUGAGUGUCUGCCACAACGAAAAAGCUUGCUCCGUGCUCUUUGACAGGUUCAAAAACGCUUGCAAAGCACGUGACGGAGAAUGUCGUAUGGAUGACAGGGAGGCUUGUCGUGAAGCCUGGGCUGGGUUACGUCUCUCGCCACUGUUUGGUUGCAUCUGCCCCAAUACGCACAUGAAGAAACGAUGCGAUCGCAUCUUUGCUGUCGUCAACCACAAUCCCUGCGUCGUAAAGCUGAUGUCGGAUGGACGGACCACGAAUCGAAACAGCACUGGCGUGACCUCGUGGAUCGGCGGUAUGUCUAUAACCAACGAUGGCAACCUGAUCGCUCCGGACAAAAUUAUGACUCACAUCCAUCGUUACGCGAGCCCUCACUACAAUCCUCACGGGCAUCAUUACCAUCGAUGGAACCACGAACCGGGGGGAAGUGAAGACCCGUUAUACGCAACCAAGACGGUCUACGGAGCCGGAUACAUUGACGAGAACCAGAGAAUUGGCAAAGAGAACGGUAAAUCAGGUGAUGAGAAAGCGGCACUACAGUCUACUUGCCAUGUGGCCCUGGACGCUUGCAUCAAGGACAGCGUGUGUGUGACGUCACUUACCCCAGUAUUGCAGAAGUGUCACUCAACGGAUUGCGACCGAGAGGGUUGCAUGACCGCACUAAGAUCUUUCUAUAGGAAACCAGGCGUCCAUUGGAAUACGGAAAUUGCCUUUUGUUUGUGCAAAAAAACCGACAACCGUGAAGACUCCUGCAUGAAUGCUCAGGAGCGUCUACAUCCUUCUUGUGCUCAGCGUCCUCCUAUCGGCUCCCCCCUUCCAGCUUGCCACACCUUGGCUCAUGCUUGCCGUGAAGAACCCGAGUGCAGAAUCCGCUUGGAAAACUACGAACAAUGGUGCGCUGUGGACGCUGUCACCCAAGGGUGUGCUGGAUCUCCUGCAGCCUGCCGCGCCGCUGUGGUCGCUGUGCUAGGCACCCAGCUACGUGCGGCUUGCGCUUGCCGCGGCACUGACUUCGCCCAGCUAUACGAUUGCUUGGGCUGGCAACGUCUUCUAUGGCUGAACCCUUGUGUCGUUGAGUCCCAAAGUGACUAUCACAUCAAGACAUAUGGCUCGAUCCUGACCACCACUCCCUAUGACAACGGCAUCCGGUACAUCACAGUGCCUCCCGAGUCUCCGAUCUACCACCGCACCACCACUAACCAACACCGCCACACCACUCAUGGUUCAUCCCAGAUUGAGCAUAUUGAGGAAUCCCACGAAGUCCCGAGCCCGAUCACAACGAUGUCCGAACAAACCGUAGGUCCGAACGAAGUGGCGCAAAUAUCCGAACCGGUUGUGGAGACAACCACGGAGCCGACAACCACCACAACGACCACAACCAGUACGACCACGACCACUACAACAACCACGACCACGUCGAAGCCCACAACCACUUUAGAGCCAACCAAAUACUGCAUUGUGAAGAAACCGGAGAGUGAUGACGAAGCGCAGUAUAUUAAAAUGGGGGAAACGAGACGCUUGUAUCGAUCAGCAGAACUCGCCGAGUGCACGGACUUGUGCGUCUGUGAGACGACACUCCAAGUGUCCUGCAAAGUGGCUUGCGUACCGCGGGCGCCUUGCUCGUCCCGGCUAGCCCACUAUUCCCAUGCGGCUCCAGCGUACCAGGCAUAUAGGGGGAGAUGCUAUUGUUAUUCUGGGUCCUUCAUUUGUAUGCGACCUAACCCAGGUGAAUAUAAACUUCCAGAAGGAGUUUAUCUUCUAUUAGGGUUUAGUGCUGUAGACGAAGCACUCCUGCGGCCGCACACAGGUCUUGGAGCAGAAGAUGCUGUUAGACUACUUCAGCAAUAUCUUUACACAAUCCAUGACGAGAAGACAAACUGCACGUUGACUUUGUACAACAUCAGCAAUGAAAACGUCAUAAUAUCAGCGAGCAUUCCUCCGAAGGAGCAGGAGGUGCUGAGAGAAGCCGGGGAGCCACUGCUUGAUAAAGAAAAGGAACAAUGCAUCGACGUUCUAAAGAUUGUCAAGUCUCGUAUAAAUUCGCAACACGAAGACAUCUCGUCUCAUCUCUUGCUCUCGAUUUUCAAGAUCGCCGAAGUGGAUGUCGUGUACCCCGCUCCCCCCAGCUCGGCUGUCAGCCACCGGCCAAUGAAAUACCUCUACAUCAUUAUCAUUGUUAUAACCUUUUUAUACCACAUCCAACAAUCUACUAAAACUCUAUCCAGUUUCACUCUCAUCAAUAAUAUCGUUAAUCGGGUCUCGACUUUGGUAAAUAAACCAAACGGACCUUCUAGUCAACUAGAUGCUGUUUCAUAUAUUAAUACUUUUCUUUUUAAUAAUCUCAUUAAUUUUAUGAACGCAUUAAAUAAAAUUGAUGACGUCAUAGAUGUUUAUGUAGUAUCUGUUGUGAACGAAGAGCACGAUGCACGCGCUUUAGAAAACGCACAAAAUGAACAUAUCACAAAAACCUAUAUAAGUGUAUUAGACGUAAAUAGUUUUAAUGAAACGAAACAUAUCAUGAAUGCUGUGAGUAUUACAAUAUAUGAUGAUUUGAAUGAGCCCUUUGCUGGUGCGAUUAUACUUAAAUAUUUUUCUAGGGAUGUGUUUUAUGAAAUUGGAUGUUGUAGCGAAGAUCCUGAGAAGCUUGUCGAUGAAUUGUGUUUUGAAAAAAUCGCGUCCUCUUCUUGUGGGAUUAUAAAAUCCGUUAGCUUAGAACUAACUAUAGUAGUAGUAUGAAGACUGAGACGUUUAACCAAACAUAUCAUAGUGAUGUAUUUCGUUUUUAUUUUCGAUUUAGGACUGGUGCUUGUAGAUUGAUCUUAAAGGCUGGGUUUUGUAAAUAAGUGUAUUACGCCUUUUACACUGUUAAUAUUUCGUUUGUUGUCUCCGGUAGCGUAUUUAGCGUAAUCGAUUUUACCUCGGCUCUAAAUUAUUCAUCAAACGCGUUUUUAUGAGCACCUCUAUCCAAUAUAACUGUUUUGUAAUCAAACUUGUCACUUGAAUCAUUAUAUUCUUUAUUGAAUUUUAUAGCUGAGCGCCGAAAAAUAAUUUACUUUAGACAAAUUUAAGUGUAGUUAUUCGGCUAGUUCGAAUGUAGUUUUAACGCGCAUUUCGUUUAGAUCGAUGUAAGUAGCUGUUAUUAAAUGUGAAUGCACCAUUAGGAUGGAACACUUAGCAAAACUUUACACUGGAUCGAGAUUGUUUUAAACCCUAACAAUUUUCAUAAGCUUACAUCGGUUAAAAAAUAUCAGUGAAAAGGUGUUCCGUGCAAAUUGUAUAUGAAUAAAUCAGAUAAAAUUUUCUCCUAUUUCUAAAUUUACCGGUGCCUCGGUGCUUAAUAUCUUUUUGUUCGUCCUUCCCUCAUUACUGAAGGUCGCGACCGCACGUAUGCAAGUAUUUCCAUGAAUAUCGAUCUGCUGCGAGGUGGACCGCCUGUUGGAUGCUGCUUCCAAUUGUCCUCUUUGCUCUGCCCUUGGCUUGUUCCCCGUCCACUUAACCAAGAAUGAAAAGCUUUUCCAGACUCUGCCUGCCUGUCUAUAUUUAUACCUCUAAACAUAGUACGUAUAGCAGUUUCUGGUUCCGAUAGUAGAGAGAAACCCAGUUUGGCGCCAGAUGGCUAUUUCAGCUUCUCCUUGACGUGUAGGUGAGCUCACGAGGCUCAAACCGGAGUGUAACUAACAGUGGCCCUAGCAAGAGAA